AUGUUUCAAUCCGGAGCAAAGGGUGCUCUUAUUAAUAUUGCGCAGAUGAUUGCAUGCGUAGGACAGCAAAAUGUUUCCGGUCAGAGAAUUAAUAACGGUUUUGUUUCUCGAACAUUACCUCACUUCCCUGCCUUCUGUAAAGAUGCUAGAAGCAGAGGGUUUGUAGCAAACUCUUUUUAUAGCGGUCUUCAUCCUGAUGAGUUCUUCUUUCAUACUAUGUCCGGUAGAGAAGGCCUCGUUGAUACUGCUGUCAAAACUGCAGAAACGGGUUACAUGCAAAGAAGACUCAUGAAGGCAUUAGAAGACUUAGCAGUAAAGUACGAUUACACUGUACGCACAAGUGAAGGACAGAUUGUGCAGUUUGUGUACGGAGACGACGGAUUAAGCCCUUUGAUGAUGGAGGCAGGGACAAGACCUGCGGAUUUAAACAAAGUUUUCUUUCAUAUCUCUGCUAUGAUUCGAAUACCCUUUCUGCCGGAUAGAAUCACUAGAAAAGAUCUAAUACAAACCAACAACAACAGCAGCAACAGCAGCAGCAACAACAACAGCAACAACAACGGUAUUAGUUGCAGCAGCAGCAGCAGCAGCAACGGUAUAAGUAGCUGCAGCAGUAGCAGCACCAAAGGCGAGAUCUGCAUCAGCAGUGGUAGCAGCAACGGCGUCACUACCAGCAGCAACAGCAACAGCAGCAGCAGCAGCAGCAGCAGCAGCAGCAGCAGCAGCAGCAGCAGCAGGCGUUUGGGGAUUUGUAUUGUGCAGAUCCGUUAG